UGGCUCUCAGACCGGAAGAGAGGAGACGGUUCAUUCUGCCAGCUGUUCUGUUAAAUGUGUGUUUUUGUUGAUGGAAUAUAACAGAUUAACUACAUGGACACAGAUUGUUCUGGUCUGUUUCAUCGGACUGAAGGCAGAGGAGCCGUCCGGUGGCUGGUCUUUAAAGUCAGAUGUCAGAUUGCAGGAUGAAGGUCUCUGUAACAUCGAUGUGUUGGAUAGCUCCUCACUCUCACAUCAGCAGUUCAUUCAAAGAUAUGCGUACAGCAGGCCGGUGAUCCUCAGAGGUCUGACUGAUAACACGAGAUUCAGGUCCUCGUGCUCCAAGUCCAGUUUACUAGAAGAAUAUGGCGCCCGGAGAGUUCGGCUCAGUACAGCCAACACUUACUCUUACAAGAAAGUGGACGUCCCUUUGCAGGAGUAUGUGGACAUGUUACUGAGGCCUCAGUCUGCAGACGCCCUCGGCAGCGACACGCUGUAUUUCUUUGGAGACAACAACUUCACAGAGUGGCAGAGUUUGUUUGAGCUGUACGAGGCUCCGCCGUACGUCCUGCCUCACACCAGCGGAGCGUACAGCUUCGGCAUCGCAGGUCCUGGAACCGGAGUCCCCUUCCACUGGCACGGUCCGGGUUACUCUGAAGUCAUCUACGGAAGAAAGCGGUGGUUCCUCUACCCGCCUGACAAGGAGCCUCAUUUCCACCCGAACCGGACCACCCUGGCCUGGGUGACGGAGACCUACCCCCAGCUGACGGAGGACGAGGCUCCGCUGGAGUGCACCAUCAGACCUGGAGAGGUGCUGUAUUUCCCCGACCGCUGGUGGCACGCCACCCUCAACCUGGACACCAGCGUCUUCAUCUCCACCUUCCUCGGCUGAGCUUCGUCUCCAGCUCUACUUCUACUUAAAGGAAGUCAUUGCUGCAGACUGACGGGAGGAGAAACACUCACAUACAGAAACACCGUAUUUAUAGUCUGAAGCACCACAGUUACAUUCCAACUGAAUCUUCUUUUGUUGUUCUUCAUUUUAAACAUGUUUUCUAAUGAUAUAACAAUAAAAAUGUGUGUUUGGAGCCUCACACACAAUGACUAUGGAGGACGGAACCUGCCAAAAUCAAAAAAAUAAAUCAAUAAUUAUAUAAAUGACUCA